ACAAGGUCUCACAGUGCAGGGAGAAGAUACAGACUCCAUGGUGACUGAGCCAGGACCCCAGCACUGCUACCCACUGAGCCACCCUGCUGCCCAGAGCCUGGACUGGAGGAGUGAAGGGUUCCUUAGGUGCAGGACUCUCGCAGAGAAAGUCUUCUUUGUAAGAUGAUGGUGCUUUUCAUAAAGAACCCACCAGAGAUGGAGAAGGACAAAAACCACAUUGCUGCCAUGAUAAUAGACCUCUCCCUAGAGAUCAUCUCCUUGAUAACUGGAGAGGAUUACACAGUAGUGAAGAAGUCGUCUGAUGAGUGUGUGACACCUCGUGUGUCAGGAGGACGGAGCAGGGCCCAGAGCCCCAUCACCGAGCCUCCACCGCAUUCACUGAUACAUGAGCAGAAGAUCCUAGAACUUACCAACAGGAUCACUGACCUGCUGAGCGGAGAGGUUCCAGUAAGGUGUCAGGAUGUCGCUGUCUAUUUCUCCAUGGAGGAGUGGGAGUAUUUAGAAGAACACAAGGAUCUGUACAAGGACGUCAUGAUGGGGAAUCACGUCACUUCACUGGGUGACAACAGAACGAGAGGCUCCGAUGGACAUCAUCUUUUAUCUCCGAGUUAUGAAGGAGAAGAAAAUCAGUCAGAAAGUGGCAAAUAUAGUCUGGGUGAAAUCUUUGCUUGUUCUGAAUGUGGAAAACAUUUCAAAGAGAAAUCUCAUCAUUCCACGCAUCAGAGAAUUCACAAAAAUGAACGGCCAUUUUCAUGUCCUAGACGUUUUAUUUCAAAAUCACUUUUUAUUAAACAUCAGAGAAGUCACACAGGGAAGAAGCCAUUUUUAGCACAUGUGAAAUCUUUUAGCCAGCAUUCAAGUCUCAUGGAUCAUCUAAGAAGUCACACAGGGGAGAAGCCAAUUUCCUGUUCAGAAUGUGGAAAAUGUUGUGCAACUCAAUCUAAACUUCUUAUACAUCAGAGAAGUCACACAGGGGAGAAGCCAUAUUCUUGUUCAGAAUGUGAAAAAUGCUUUGCAACUCAAUCAAAUCUUCUUAUACAUCAGAGAAUUCACACAGGGGAGAAGCCGUUUUCAUGUCCCGAAUGCGAGAAAGGUUUUAGUCAGAAAUCACAUCUUAUUGAACAUCUUAGAAGUCACACAGGGGAGAAGCCAUAUUCUUGUUCAGAAUGUGAAAAAUGCUUUGCUACUCAAUCAAAACUCCUAAAACAUCAGAGAAUUCACACAGGGGAGAAGCCAUUCUCAUGUCCUGAAUGUAAAAAAUGUUUUUGUCAGAAAUCAAAUCUUAUGCAACAUCUAAGAACUCACACAGGAGAGAAGCCAUUUUCAUGUUCAGAAUGUGGGAAAUGUUUCAACUAUCAAUCAGAUCUUGCUAAACAUCAGAGAAGUCACACAGGAGAGAAGCCAUAUUUAUGUCCCGAAUGUGGAAAGUGUUUUACCUAUAAAUCUGUUCUUGUUAAACACCAGAGAAGUCACACAGGGGAGAAGCCAUUUUCAUGUUCAGAAUGCGGAAAAUAUUUUUGCCAAAAAUGGGGUCUUGUUAAACAUCAGAAAAUUCACACUGUGGAGAAGCCGUUUUAAUUGUCUGAUUGUAGUGUGCAGGCAGCAGUGGGUGUGUGUGUGCAAGCAGCAGGGGGAGCAGUGGUGUGUGUGUGUGUGUGUGUGUGCAAGCAGCAGGGGGAGCAGUGUGUGUGUGUGUGUUCAGGCAGCCAGGGGAGCAGUGUGUGUGUGUGCAGGCAGUCAGGGGAGCAGUGUGUGUGUGUGUGUGCAGGCAGCAGUAUCUGUAGAUGCAUACAGAGUUAAAAUCUGCCCUUGGUACAGGAGGACUUGAAGAAUGACUUUUCUUUUUGGGUAGGAGUCUAUCAGCAUGGCUCAUCUUGACUUGGCAAUCUUUGCUCACUCUUCCUUAAAAAAACACUCCAGAUCUGUCAGAUUGUGAAAGCAUCUCGUGUGUUCAGUCCUCUUUGGUCAAUGCACAGAUUUUCUAUUGGAUUCAGGCCUGGGCUCUGGUUGGGCCAUUCCAAAACCUUGAUCUUUCUCUGGAGAAGUUAUUUUGUUGAUGUUGAGGUAUACUUUGGGUCGUUGCCAUGCUGAAAAUUGAAAUUCAUCUCCAGCUUUUUAGCAGAAGCCUGAAGGUUUUGUGCCAAAUUUGGAACUGUUCGUAAUUCCCUCCACCUUUACUAAAGCGCCAGUUCCAGCUGCAGAAAUUGGCUCCACAUUAUAAUGCUGUCUCCACCACGCUUCUGUGUGGGUAUGGUAUCCUUUUGGUGAUGCACAGUGUGGCUUUGCGGUAAACCUAUCUUUUGGAAUUUAUGGCCAAAAAGUGGAACCUUAGUCUCAUCAGACCUUAACACGUUUUCCCACAUGCUUUCUACAGACUUGAUGUAGGAUUUGGCAAAGCAUAGCUGAGCUUGGAAAUUUUCCGUUGUAGGAAGUGGCUUUGUCUUGAACCUUACCCCACAGUCCUGACAUAUGAAGAAUAAGGGAGAUUGUUGUCACAUCCAGUACUUGCCAAUGUUGCUGUAGGCCUCUUGGUAGCCAUCUGGACAAAUUUUCCUUCUUUCUUUUUAUCAAUUCCUAGUGAUGUCACUUCUUGAUGACCCUCUUCACUGUGUUCCAUGGUGUAUCCAAUGCCUUGGAAAAUCUUUUUGUAGCCUUCUGUUACCUUUUAGCAAUGAGAUUCCUUUGAUGUGUUGUACAGUGAUGGUCAGUUCGCAGUGUUCGCCAGU